UUAAAGGGUGAACCAGGUAGAAAUGGAAAUCCCGGUGAAGUGGGAUUUGCAGGAUCUCCGGGAGCUCGAGGAUUUCCUGGGGCUCCUGGUCUUCCAGGCCUGAAGGGUCACCGAGGACACAAAGGUCUUGAAGGCCCUAAAGGUGAAGUUGGAGCAACUGGUUCCAAGGGUGAAGCUGGCCCUACUGGUCCAAUGGGUGCCAUGGGUCCAAUGGGUCCAAGGGGAAUGCCAGGAGAAAGAGGGAGGCUUGGGCCACAGGGGGCUCCUGGACAACGAGGUACACAUGGUAUGCCUGGAAAACCUGGGCCAAUGGGUCCUCUUGGGAUACCUGGAUCGUCCGGUUUUCCAGGAAAUCCUGGGAUGAAGGGAGAAGCAGGUCCCACUGGAGCAAGAGGCCCUGAAGGUCCCCAAGGGCAAAGAGGUGAAACUGGGCCACCAGGUCCAGUUGGCUCUCAGGGUCUUCCUGGUGCGGUAGGAACUGAUGGGACACCUGGUGCCAAAGGCCCAACGGGCUCUCCUGGUACCUCUGGUCCUCCUGGCUUAGCAGGUCCCCCUGGAUCUCCAGGACCUCAAGGUAGCACGGGACCUCCAGGAAUUCGAGGCCAACCGGGUGAUCCAGGAGUUCCAGGUUUCAAAGGAGAAGCUGGCCCAAAAGGGGAACCAGGGCCACAUGGUAUUCAGGGUCCAAUAGGCCCAGCUGGUGAAGAAGGCAAAAGAGGUCCCCGAGGUGAUCCAGGAACAGUCGGUCCUCCAGGCCCAGUGGGAGAAAGGGGUGCUCCUGGCAAUCGUGGUUUUCCGGGCUCUGAUGGUUUACCUGGACCAAAGGGGGCUCAAGGAGAAAGGGGUCCUGUGGGUUCUUCGGGACCUAAAGGAGGUCAGGGGGACCCAGGACGGCCAGGUGAACCUGGGCUGCCAGGUGCUCGGGGUCUGACGGGAAAUCCUGGUGUUCAAGGUCCUGAAGGAAAACUUGGGCCUUUGGGUGCUCCAGGGGAGGAUGGCCGGCCGGGUCCUCCAGGCUCCAUAGGAAUCAGAGGGCAACCUGGGAGUAUGGGUCUUCCAGGCCCCAAAGGUAGCAGUGGUGACCCUGGAAAACCUGGAGAGGCAGGAAAUGCUGGUGUUCCUGGGCAGAGGGGAGCUCCUGGAAAAGAUGGUGAAGUUGGGCCUUCUGGUCCCGUGGGCCCCCCGGGUCUAGCUGGGGAGAGAGGAGAACAGGGACCUCCAGGCCCCACUGGCUUUCAGGGGCUUCCUGGUCCUCCAGGGCCUCCUGGGGAAGGUGGAAAGCCAGGUGAUCAGCAUGGUUAUUCUCGUCAGGGUGAUCGUGGAGACCCUGGACCUGCAGGUCUGCCAGGCUCUCAGGGUGCCCCUGGAACUCCUGGCCCAGUUGGUGCCCCAGGAGAUGCAGGACAAAGAGGAGAUCCGGGUUCUCGGGGUCCUAUAGGACCACCUGGUCGAACUGGAAAACGUGGCUUACUUGGACCCCAAGGACCUCGAGGUGACAAAGGUGAUCACGGAGACCGAGGUGACCGAGGUCAAAAGGGUCACAGGGGCUUCACUGGUCUUCAAGGUCUUCCUGGACCUCCUGGUCCAAAUGGUGAACAAGGCAGUGCUGGAAUUCCUGGACCAUUUGGCCCAAGAGGUCCUCCAGGUCCAGUCGGUCCCUCGGGUAAAGAAGGAAACCCUGGACCACUUGGGCCUAUCGGGCCCCCUGGUGUGCGGGGCAGUGUUGGAGAAGCAGGACCUGAGGGUCCUCCUGGUGAGCCUGGUCCACCUGGUCCCCCCGGUCCUCCGGGCCACCUUACAGCUGCUCUUGGAGAUAUCAUGGGUCACUACGAUGACAGCAUGCCGGAUCCACUUCCAGAGUUUACCGAAGAUCAGGCGGCUCCGGAUGACAAAAACAAAACUGACCCAGGGGUUCAUGCUACCCUGAAGUCACUCAGUAGUCAGAUUGAAACCAUGCGCAGUCCUGAUGGCUCUAAAAAGCAUCCAGCACGGACGUGUGAUGACUUAAAGCUUUGCCAUUCUGCAAAGCAGAGCGGUGAGUACUGGAUUGAUCCUAACCAGGGAUCUGCUGAAGAUGCAAUCAAAGUUUACUGCAACAUGGACACAGGAGAAACAUGUAUUUCAGCAAACCCAUCCAGCGUACCACGUAAGACCUGGUGGGCCAGCAAGUCUUCUGACCAUAAGCCUGUUUGGUAUGGUCUUGAUAUGAAUAGAGGAUCUCAGUUUGUUUAUGGAGAUCAUCAGUCACCUAAUGCAGCCAUUACUCAAAUGACCUUCUUGCGCCUUCUAUCAAAAGAAGCCUCCCAGAACAUUACUUACAUCUGUAAAAACAGUGUAGGAUACAUGGAUGAUCAAGCCAAGAACCUCAAGAAAGCUGUGGUUCUCAAAGGGUCAAAUGACUUGGAAAUCAAAGCAGAGGGAAAUGUUAGAUUCAGAUAUAUCGUUCUUCAUGAUACUUGCUCUAAACGAAAUGGAAAUGUGGGCAAGACCAUCUUUGAAUAUAGAACGCAGAACGUGGCACGCUUACCCAUCAUAGAUCUUGCCCCUGUGGAUGUUGGCAGCACAGACCAAGAAUUUGGCAUCGAAAUUGGGCCAGUUUGUUUUGUGUAAAGCAAGCCAAGAUACAUUGACAAUGAGCACCACCCCCGCCAUCAAUGACCACCCCAUUCACAAGAAUUUUGACUGUUUGAAGCUGAUCCUGAGACUCUUGAAAUAAUGGCUGAUCCUGCAUCAGCAUUGUAUAUAUGGUCUUAAGUGCCUGGCCUCCUUUCCUUCAGAAUAUUUAUUUUACUUACAAUCCUCAAGUUUUAAUUGAUUUAAAAUAUUUUUCAAUACAGCAGUUUAGGUUUAAGAUGACCAAUGACAAUGACCACCUUUUAAAAAAGUAAACUGAUUGAAUAAAUGAAUCUCUGUUUUCUUCAAUUUAUUUCAAUGUAAUGACAAAGUUGCUUAGUAUUUAUGAGAAAAUUCUUCUUCCUGGCAGGUAGCUUAAAGAGUGGGGUAUGUAAAACCACAAUACAUGUUUAUUUCACUUGGCUGUAGUUUGAAAAAUAGAAAGUAGUGCCCUUCUGUGACCUCUCAUUCCCAGAUUAUCAAUUAAAAAUGAAAUCAAAAUGUUUAUCCUUGUGAGUGAAACCCACAUGCAUGUCUUGAUAUUGUUUAACUACCAUAAAAACUCUUUAAAGAGAACUUUGGAAAAAAAAUCAGUUUCUGUGUCUCAAAUGGAAUUUUUAAGUAAUAUAUAUUCAGUGGAAUUUCUGGAAAACAAAGUGAUCUUAAAUUUUUGUAAAGUGUGGUAAGUUCAGACUUUUUUGUCAUUCAAAUUUAAAGGUAUCUUUCCCUCUUGACUCCAUCAAUGUAGAUAGAAGUUACAUGAGUAUACCAUUGAAUACAUUUGCACUUUCUUGUUUAAGAAGACAUUGAAUGCAAAAUAAUUUACAUGUACAACUUUAUAAACAUAUGUCCAGGACCCAAAGUCGAGAGUCUUCCACAUGUACAAUCUCAUCAUCCUGAAGCCUAUAAUGAAGAAAAAGAUUUAGAAACUCAAGUUGUGGAGCUGACUCUAAUCAAAUGUGAUGAUUGGAAUUAGAACAUUUGGCCUUUGAACUCUCGUAGGAAAAGUGACCCAACAUUUCUUAGCAUGAGCUACCUCAUCUCUAGAAGCUGGGAUGGACUUACUAUUCUUGUUUAUAUUUUAGAUACUAAAAGGUGCUAUGCUUCUGUUAUUAUUCCAAGACUGGAGAUAGGCAGGGCUAAAAUGUAUUAUUAUUUUUCCUCUAAUGAUGGUGCUAAAAUUCCUUCUAUAAAAUUCUUUAAAAAUAAAGAUGGUUUCAUCAAUACCAUUUGUGAAAAAAUAAUUGUUAGACUUCCCAUUUCUGAAAGAAGGAGCAUUGUUCCAGUGCCUUUUCAUUGUUCAUCUGUCAUACUGUAUCUGGAAUGUUUUGUGAUACUUGCAUGUUUCUUAGACCAGAACAUGUAGGUCCCCUUGUGUCUCAAGGUUUUUUUCCCCCUUAAUUGCAUUUGUUGGCUCCAUUUUUAUUUUUUCUUUAAAAAUAAACAGCUGGGACCAUCCCAAAGGCCAAGCCAUGCACACAACUUUAGUCAUGUAUCUCUGCAAAACAUCAAAUUAAAUGCACGCUUUUGUCAUGUCAA